GUUACAGUAAUCCAGGCGAGAUGUGACAAGAGCAUUGACAAGUAUGGCGGUACUGUGUGGUGUGAGUGAGGGACGAAGACGGUUAAUUUUACGGAGAUGAAAGUAGGAAGACCGAGUGAUAUUAUUUAUAUGUGCUGUGAAGGACAGAGUGCUAUCGAGGAUGACACCAAGACUCUUAACCUGAGGGGAGGGUGUGACAACAGAGUUAUCAAUGGAUAACGAAAGACUGGUUGGAACUGUAGUCAGAUUUUCUUUGGAAGCUGGAUAUUAUUCGCCGCAGAGUCUCCGAGCCUUCAGAUCGGGGCUCAUUGGUGCUACAGUCACGUGGUUCUCCUCCGCGAAGGCUUUGCCCUCUGCAGAUCCUCGGCACAGAGAGCGAUGCUGAGGCUGAGAUGUGAGAUGCAACUCAGAGGGUCCCGCGCAUAGAGGCAAAGUUAUGGCACGAUCAUCCCCGGAGAAAAACGCGCCGCAGCAGUCUCUCUGUGCCGAGAAGUCCCUCAAAGGUGACGCGCACGUCUUUCAGGGGCGCAGAAGCUCGGAGCGAGAAAACCCCAAACUACGCGUCAAAACAAACUAGUUCAAAGCGGGACAGAAGCAAGUCGACGGCAGGGGGAAAUCACAGCGGUGCUGAGUUGAAGUGAGGGGCGCAAUGCAACAGGCCUGCGAAGUGAAGAUAAGGACUGGCUUGCAGCUACACACGGUUAUGAAGCUGAUUUUGGUGCAGCUGUAGUUCCAAGUGCCCUUCAAUUAUUCUGAGGGUGGUACUCAGAAACUAGGACUUCUGACAUUUCUCUUCACCUACAGUGCCUUCAGGGAUUCUACCUGCAAAACAUAACAGUGAAACCAGGGCCAUAAUGAACCUGUUCAGGAAGGAUGCCAUGACCUCGAAGAAGGACAAAGAGAAAGAGAUCCAGUAUGAGGACCCUCCAGAUGGAGGCUGGGGCUGGAUGGUCGUGCUACAUUGCUUCCUGGUAAAUGUCCUCGUUAUGGGCACCCUAAAGAGCUUUGGGAUCUUCUUUGUGGCGUUCCAAGAUGAGUUUGGUGGCUCUGCAGAAAGUAUCAGCUGGAUCGGUUCCAUCAUGUCGAGUCUGCGUCUGUCUGGAGCGCCCAUCGCCUCUGUAGCAUGUGCCAAGGUGGGAGUCAGAGUGACCUCGAUUACCGGUGCAGUGCUGGUUAGCGGAGGCUUCCUGUUGAGUAUAUUCGCCAGCAGUGUGGUAUUCCUUUACAUCAGCAUGGGAGUGAUAGUUGGAAUGGGGUUUGCACUACUGUAUCAAGCCUUCUCAGUGGUCACAGCGCUGUACUUCCGAAAAAGGUUAGCAACGGCAUAUGCUAUUGGACGCUCUGGGAUGGGUUUGACCUUUGCUCUCGCUCCCUUCACUCAGCUGCUUCUGGACCAGUAUGCUUGGCAAGGAGCCAUGUUGAUUCUCGGUGGUCUCAUGCUGAAUCUGGUGGCCUCUGGCAUGCUGCUGCGACCCAUCAAUGUAAAGCCACCUGUUUCAAACCCUACCUCCUCUGCCAUCCAAAAGAGUCCUGCUGUUUCUCUCAAGAGCUCCUCAGAAAAGGAGUACUCCAAGAACUGUUUGAAUGGGUCCACUCACGUUUCCAAUGGCGUCUCCAAAUCAGACUCUCUUCAAUCCCCUCCUCCCUCUCAUAGGGACACCGUGAACGUGGGGGGGCAAUGUACUCAGGGACUCCAGGACCAGUCAGUGAACCCUGAACUGACCAGACUGGUCCUGAAUGGAGUAAAUGGCCAUGAGCCCCAUCAUGACCUGGGUCAGUGUAAACCCACAACUCCAGAUUGCUCAGCGGAGCUCAAUGGCAGUAUGAAUGGGUCCACGAUUGUUGGAUUUUCCUCACAUGCAAGCUCGCCAAGUGAGGUGACUGUGACAAAAACCAAAGUACUGGAUUUCUCUUUGCUGAAGGACCCUUUCUUUUGCAUAUACACUUGGUCUUUGGUCUUCAGUCAGCUUGCCUACUUUAUUCCCUAUUUCCACCUGUCUGCGCGGGCCAGAACCCUGGACAUUGAUGCCAUGGAUGCUUCCUUUAUCAUCUCUGUCGCAGGUAUCACAGAGACCAUCGCCCAGUUGGCCUCGGGCUGGGUGACAGACAGGAAUCUUUUCCACAAGUACCAUUUCCACAAAGCCUACCUGAUCUUGUGUGGCUUGGUCAACCUGCUUUCCCCACUGGCAACUUCUUACAUCCUGCUGAUGGUCUACGCAGUCUUCUUCGCCAUCUUCUGUGGCGGCUACAUGGCGCUGUUGCUGCCUGUUUUGGUAGAUCUCGUGGGGUCGGAGAAGCUCAAUAACUCCAUGGGCUUCUCAAUGUUCUUUGUCGGCCUGGGCUGCCUCACAGGACCUCCUUUGGCAGGGUUCUUAUAUGAUUACACUCAGACCUACGACUGUUCCUUCUACCUGGCGGGGCUCUGCUAUCUACUCUCCUCCCUCUCCCUGUUUAUGGAGCCGCUGGCUCAGCGCUGGAAGGCCAAGAGGAAACUGUCCCAGGCCAAGAGAGCAGAAAGCAGCUGUAAGACCAAUGGCUGCUUCACCCCUGACCGCCUGCAGAACGGCGCUGUGUAGGAAUUAACUCCAGGGUUCGAUCUGGAACCAACGCGCUCACGAUGACAGGCCUGCCCACUGUUCACCUUGGACUCCAGCUUGAAGUCGGGACCUUGUCCGUUCAUUUCAGCAGGAGCAUAACGCGGGCUGCACAGGAACAUGAUGUUUAAGAACUUACAGUAGUCGGGAUGUGGAUGAAGAAAAAAACGACUUUUCUGAACCUUCAAAAGCCAAAAUGUUAGUGCUCUUCAAAAUACUUUAUCCCCCGGUGUUCUGAUGAGAGGCACACCGAUUCAAAACUGGAGAAAAUCCUUGCAUACAACACCUGCCACAAUUUAUUAUACGCACAUAUGCAAGCAUAACUUAUUGAGAGAGAAACAUAAAACUGCACUGACUCCGCAGAAAUGUUUUGUUGCUUAUUAUAGUGCUCGGAAAGAAGCUAUGCAGUUGAACUCGAAAUCCUGUCUUCUGUCGAGUUUCCUUUCUUUUUUUGUAAUGAUCCAUGGAAGCACGCAUCCAUAAUAAAGUACCUUUCACCUGAUGUCUUUGGGAAGCUUUUACCUGUAUCUGGUAAACAUUACUCACUGAUAUGCACUUUGGGCCAGCUUGUGAUUAUGCUGCAUGCCAUUUUCUCAAGAUAGCCGAGAUACCGAGCAGCCGUAUUAUUUCAGCCUGCGCCUGUGAAACAAUGCAUAAUCUGUGAUACGAAGCCAAAAAGCCUGCAUUGCUUCUGCAGUCUAACUGAGAAAAUGUAUCUCUUUGCUAAGUAGAUUAUUGUAGGCGUGUGUUUUACUGGUGUACUCACUUUGAGACUCGCAGUGGCAUUCUUGCAUUUUUCCAAACACUUUUUUUUGUCCGUUGAGUAUUUCAGCAUCUUUUUAUACUGUCACAACAUUCAGUGUUGUUGACCUUCUUCUCAGAUGUUUGAGCAUCAUGCUUUCAGGUUUUUUUCCCCCACAGAAAUUGUUCUGCUGUGCCUGUCACCUCUGGAUAUUUUUUUUUUUAUACCACAUUCAUACUCAUUUUCAGUUCCCCAGAUGCUAAUGGUGGCAUUAGCUCCGUUUGUCAUACCUUUCAUGGCUUUCCUGGAGUCACAUGAGAAGUUUUAUGCUUUUUAGAGCCCAGGAGUUUUCAUGGGUGUGCAUUGUGCCGUGGGAGGGUCUUCGGCCAGCUUGAGCAUUUAAGGGCUGCAGGACGUUCGCAUGAAACGCAAGCUGCUUGUGGGGCGUUCACUUACCCCAGCUCUUUCACUGUUGUCAUGCAAAGUAGCCCUUUUAAAGCUUUUACACAUCAGCUCCUUUUAGCAAUAAAUGCAUCUGCUGAAAUGUUUGUCCCUUAUUUUUAACUGACAUUUAGGCUGCUUUCAGCACUGCAGGCUGACACUUUAACUGAUUCUACUCAAAUGUCUAUUGAACUAUUUUAACCGACAUUCAGCUGCUGUCAUUACUCACCUAACACUUUCACGCCGUAGUCUUCAGCUAUCUUUAGUGCCUCAAUUUCUUUUUACUGCUUCAAUCAUUCACUAUUUGUUUAUAACUUUCUUCUGUAACACUGCAAAUGAUUAUUCAGUUGCUUUCUCCUGUGAAGUAACUGGUUUUACUGGUUAGUAAACUGAGAAUUCAGUGGCAACACUUUGAUUUCGCCUAACCUCCUUUCGGUGCUUCAAAUUCAGUUCAGACUUACUUCAUCUUUUUUGAUCACAUAGGAUAUUUUAAUCUGUUACACAGUGAUUACAGCUGCAAUCUUCUGCACUAUUUUCUUCAGAUUUUUUUUAAAAAUGUAUUAAAUUAGAACCUUGGUCGUUUCCUUAUAUAACUAUAAACUACCUUUCUCCUUUUCUAGGUCACUGAUUCAAACAUUCAGAUGUCAGUUACGUUAUCUUUAACUUGUCAGCACACGCUCAUGAGCUGUUCUAUGCAAAUGCACAGAGAGAGAGAGACUUUCCUUUGGUAAAUGCGCACACAAACACACGUUUUCUCCUCUGCAACUAUUACCAGCUCCUGAAAGCCUGUUGUUCAGUUAAGGUUUCAGUGUUUUCUUUGUCGCAGUUAGACCGAGGAGCGAUGGAGCCGACGAGCACCCCUGAAAAGCAGGACUUUUUUUGUUCUGUUGUGUUUGUUAUUUUGUCAUCCUUGUACGUCCUUGUAUGUCUCUGACCAACUGUGUUGAUGGUGUAAUGUUGACCAUGUAAAUGCACAGUGCCACAAGUGGACUGUUUAAAACUGUUGCCCAGUCUUUACAGUGCCUGCAGGCAGCCAGUGAAUGGCAAUGCAACUUCUAAUGAUAUUGUAUUUGUACAUGGGAGUCUUAAAUCUUUUUUUUUUAAAUGUAGAGAGGGUUUUGUUUUGUUCUUUGUUAAUUUGUUUUCAAUGGACUCCUUGUUUUUCACCACUGUUUGCCUUACAAGGUAAUGUGUCUUUUACUAACUUCCUCCGAUAUCAGCCAAAGAUCACGUUAGAAAAAAACCUACAACUUGAAGCUUAUUGCUGGUUAAAAAUGUACGUAUUUUAAACCACUACGAUCACCCACUAUUCAGUUAUUUUUAAUUGAAUCAUGUGCUUUGUUUUGCUGCCCUCUCGUGGCUGAAUGAGGCUUUUGCUCAAAGAAUGCUGUCUCAAUUAGUACCAAAUUAUUCCCCCUCAACUCGUUUUCACAAUACUGAGCGAGGCUCUUUGUAUUGUUUCUAUAACAGCAGUCAUGCACAAAGGCUCUUUUGGCUCACGAGUUGCAUUCACCAUCAGUAUGCUUUUGUGAUUUAGCUCCACUGACUAUUUUGUACUAUAAUGCAUCUUUUAUGAAAAGUAUUUGAUGCUUUAAAGGUAGAUUUGGGUUAGGGAUCAUUUUACUUGCUAGUUAUCUGGAUAUGUUAAGAAGCUGUACACUUGAACAGUAUCUUUAAUUUGACACAAACCACGUGCUGUUUGAUGACAUUUGAUCGGAUGCUUUUGUUGCAACAAACGCAUUAAUUCAGUGAGGUACUUUUUUAAUUCCUGACUCUCACUCCUGGAUUUUUUUAACUGAUUGACUUUAGAAGAUAUGGUUAACCAAUCAUAGAUUUCUGUUUCUAAGCCAGUAGAGUUCAUUUUUAAGCUUUGUAACAGUGUGCAGGUCAGCUGUAAUAAACUGAUGUGUACCUCA